AUGAUCAACCUCCUCUACGCCCUCAUAUUUUUCACCCUCCUCUUCUCCACCACUGCCUACUUUACCCGCUACACCUGGCUGCCGCCCUUCCUUGACGCCUUCGACGCGAUAGAACCCUACCUGCGCCGCGCUCCCGGCGGCGAAUAUCUGUACUCUCGAUUGCCUUUUACCUCCAACUCGUUCGAGGAGGAUAUGGAAGCCGGUCUGUCGUCUGCCGACUUUAAUCUUGCGGGCAACGUUGGGGGGAGCGACGGUCGCGCUGGCUUGGAUGAUGAGGCCAAGCGGGAAAUCCUCAAGAUCAUGAAGAGGAGGAGACUUCAGUUCGACGACGCGAGGAAGCUGUACAUGGAGAGGAGGUUCAAGGCGAAUGGCAUUGGAGCGGAUGGGUUGCCAAGGGAUCCCAAGUUUGUGAGCUUUUCGUAAGCGGUACAAGCGAGUAAUGGGGAUAGAAAUGGCGAGAGGGACGGAGAAUAUAAUGGAUGGGAUAUUCACAACGGAACUAAACGAGAGAAUGGGCGCGAAGGCGGAAACUCA